AGGUGUGCACCACCACCUCCCUGCUCCUAUUUCUUUCAUAUAUUCAUAAAGAGAUUCUUAGAGACUGCCCUCAAACUUUUAGCAACUCUCCUGCUGCAGCAUCCCAAGCACUGAAUUACAAGCUUGUACCAGCUAUCCAGAUGUUUUAUGACUUUAGUUUGUUUUCUGAGAGAGGGUCUCACUAUGUAGCACAGGCUGUUUUCGAAUGACUCUGCCUCAGCGUCCCUAAGCUGAGAAAUUCAGGCAUGCACCACCACACUCACUGCAGCUGUUCCCAUCCAUAAUCUAGGGAAGAAGCCCUAUCCUGGCCAGAUGUAGGCUUCCUGCUCUAACCAUGUGAUUCUCAUCUCCCUCAGGGGAGGGGGACAGGGUAGGGCGGGUCUGGAGAGCUCGGAUACAUCAUUCUGGCCUUUAUACCCCUCCCUUCUCUGUCUAUUGGGAGGCAGAAGACAGGAAAUGACUGCCAUGGAUGUGGUAGGAUUUUCACUAGAACAGGAUUUUAUAAUUCAGGCCCCAUACCAUCCACAGAUGUUUUCCUGUCUGAUACCAGCCAGGUGCCCUCCCUCCUCUGAUAAUUCUCCUCUUCCCAUCCCUUCAUGUGACUACAGCCUUUGGAUUCUCAGUUCCUGGCUGCUUUCCACAUUUCAUUCCUGUCAGAACCCAGGCAGCCUGGCCUUCAGCUGAAAGCGCUGCGUGUGGCUUCCCCUACCCAUGGCCCCGUGACUCAGUCCCUCUGAGGGGACCAGCCCUCUUCUUGGCACCCAGGGGCUAGGUGGUGACAUCAGAGUUGAGGGGUAUAAAAGUUCUCAGCCAAAAUAGAGUUGAAGACACAACCUGACGGUGGCCUGUGACAGGGACCUCUCCGCCUGGUAUCCACGGAUGUCUGGAGGCAGAUUCUCACUGUGUCAAGGCCUACCCACUGGUGAGAGGCUGCUGUGGCUGGGAAGAGGGUGGACAGGGAGGAGGAGCCUGGAUUGCUUGGGCAGCGUUUGCACAAGUGCAGGUAGGGAGUGAGGACUCCCAAGCUGUCCCACUCCUUCUCUUUCAGCCCCUCUCCUGUCUUCUUUUCUGGAUUUUUAUGCAUCGUACUAAGCGUUGUUUUACAUAGGCUCCAUGUUGGGCUCUCUUUCCCUCCUGUGGCUUGUGGCUGUGACCACCUCCUUGGUUUCUAAAGCUCAGAUCUUGACCCCCCAAGACUAUGAGGAAGAUGACGAGGACGAUGAGGCGGUGACCAGACCUUCUCUGGCUGUCACUUGCGACUAUGACUGUUGCCGCCACCUGCAGGUGUCCUGCAAGGAGCUGCAGAAGGUUGGGCCAGCAGCCUGCAUGUGCCCAGGGCUCUCCAGGGAAGAUCAGCAGCCAGACCCUCCGCGGCUGGGAGAAGUGCAAAUUGUGGCUGAGGAAGGCUGCGUGGUUGUCCACUGGUGUGCUCCCUUCUCUCCAGUCAAUCACUACUGGCUUCUGUUUUGGGAAAGCAACGGGGCUCCACAAAGGAGUGGCCCCCUCAAUGCAACAGUUCGGAGAGCGGAGCUGAAGGGACUGAAGCCUGGGGGUGUUUACGUCCUUUGUGUGGUGGCUGCUAAUGACGCUGGUGAGAGCCACGUUCCUGAGGCAGAUGUUGAGGGUCCUGAGAACUGGGCUAGCUCUUCCUUUGGGCCUUGUCGAAAGCUUAUCAUGCCGCCUAGACCUGUCAUCCUGGUCCAUGCAGCCGUGGGAGUGGGCACGGCUCUGGUUCUGCUGAGCUGUGCUGCCCUGGUUUGGCAUUUCUGCCUUCGGGAGCAGUGCAGUUGCCCCCGACGACAAGGACAAGGUAAGGCCCAAGCUUCAGAAGCUCUCUGAUGGGAGUCCUACCGACUAGAAACAAUGCUGGUGCAUUCCAGUCACAUCUGGAGAGCCCAACCCACUCCCAGGAGUGUAGGGCCUGCUGCCACCUGGCACCAAGCAGCACAGCCAAGUCAGACCAGAAGCCAGGCAAUUGGCCUCGGACUGAGAGCUUGUUUAGUCCCAAAAUAACCGGUCACUAUGUUCUCUGGGUUCUAGGAGGAGUAGCAAUUAUUCCUUGGGGGGCCAGAUGUAAAUGAUUUAAGCUUUAUGGGCUUGAGGGGGUAAAACCGCAGACAUGACAUAGGUACUUAUAUAUAGCCAGUUAAAAUCGAGCCGUUUAAGGCCCUGCAAGGUGGUCUACAAUUCUAAUCUCCAGCACUCUGGAGGCAGAGACGGUCAGAUCUCUCUGAGUCUCCAGGGCAGCUUGAGCUACAUAGAAAAUUCCGGGUCAACCCAGAUUAUGUACUGUGACCCUGUCUCUAAAAUAAAACACAACAAAAGCAAAAACUAACAAAA